AUGGUAACGGCUACCAAGACCAAUGGAUCCAUCGCAUCAUCCAAUGCCAGUGCCAGUGUCAGUGCUAAAGAAGCCAACAACACCAGGUUCCGUCACCGCAAGAUCUCGGUCAAGCAACGACUCCAGGUUUACAAUGCAUCGGACCUCCGAAAACUCGAUAAAGAUGAGCUGCAACAGCGAGAACUCGUCGAGAUCGAAACCGGUGUCGACAAAAACGAAGAGCGGGAAGAACAUUUGCACCGCAUCUUGCAGAAAAAUCAGCUGGCACGCACAGAGCUUUAUAUCCCAACACCCGAUGCGUCCCGAACAUGGCCCGAAUAUUCGCAUUUUUACCAGGGAAAAUUCGAAGAGCCCAAAAGCUAUAUCAGGUUUUCUGCCACGGUCGAAGACUGCUGCGGGAACAGCUAUAACAUGGACGAGCGCGACGAAGAGUUUUUAAACUCCACGUUUGGAACGACCACGGAUUCCGCAAACAAUGCCAAUCCUGAGCUGUCCGAAAACGAAUUCGAGCUCAUGUGUAGCAGUUUCGAGACCGCCAUUCACGAGCGACAACCGUUUCUUAGCAUCGAUCCGGAAAAUAUACUGACGCUCGAGGAAAUCAAGCCGACCAUCCUGAAAAGUGAUCUGGGCGAUGCAGGUAUAAAGAACCAUUUGGCCAAAGAAAUAGGUCUUCAACCACCACAACCUUUCGUUACGCAAUUCGAUAUUGCUAGCAGCCACGAUUGUCGUCCUUUACAAGUCCUGGUCGAGAAAUACGGUAGCCAGGUAUAUCAGCAUUGGAAAACCCGAAAGAUCGAAGCGCAUGGUAACGAAAUCAGUCCGCAACUCAAAUUCGAAAAACACGGCGGUGAACGCGAUGAGAACGAUCCCUACGUGUGUUUCCGUAGACGAGAAGUACGACAGGCCCGUAAAACGCGAAGAAUCGAUUAUCAAAAUAGUCACAAGCUGCGGCUUUUACAACAACAAUUACAAUACACCAAGAAACUCGCAUUGCUGGUUGCCAAAAGAGAGCAAACCACAUUGGACAUUCUAAAGCAGGAUCUAAGGGUUUUUGAAUUGCGGCGCGAUAUCAAACCUGUGAAGCGUGCGCUAGGAAUAAAGGGUGAAGACGAUCAUCUAUUGGUUGAUGCCAAGAAACGCAAACUUGUGAGCAGCGUUGUCCUGAGCGCGCCCGUCGAACCCGUUUCCAAGAAAUCCAAAUCAAAACUUAAGAAAGCUCAAGCAGAUUCCUCAAGUUCCAAAAAUGUAGCUUCCAAAUCUAACAAACACAGCCAGUCGCAACAGGCACAAGCUUCCCACCAGCAACCUGCUCAACAGCAAUCGCAGCAGAAACAGUUGCAGCAAGCACAUCAUCAACAGCAGCAACAACAACAAUUACAACAACAACAGCAGCAGCAACAGCAGCAGCAGACACAGGCCGCUCAGCAGCAGAAACAACAGGCCAACUCUGUGGCUGCCCAUGUGUACGUCAAGCUGCCCAGCUCCAAGAUCCCGGACAUUCUGCUCGAAGACGUAGACAAACUUUUGGUGUCCAAGGAAAAAAGUGCCAAAAACUACGUGGAGGAAAGAAUGCGGAACCGCAGACUCGAGGACGGCGAUCUAUUUUUCAAUCUGACCGACGAUCCGUACAAUCCUGUUUUCGACAUCACCGUUCCGGCAAACGUUUCUGCCAGCAACGCACCAUUUACUUCGAUUGCAUCUUCGAGAUUCGAGGCACAGCGAUCCUACUACGCCCCAAAUUUGGAAGAUUACCUCAGUGGUAAGUCCAAAGACGUCACUGUUGUUGGUAAAGACGGCGAUAUCAUCAACAAUCCCAAAUAUUCCAGAAUCGAGAGGUUCAACCCUUUCCAAGACGAUAGCGAGGUUUACACCCGGGAACUGCCUUUCAAGCUGAGAAGACGUGUGGGUCGUUUUGGCACCGAAUACCUCGAUGUGCUCAGGCCACGCGAGAGCUUUUCGCCUAUCAGUGAGUUCAUGGAUCUUUCCGAGAUUGAUCGACAAGAGCGCACCAACGACGUGGUGGACGUUUACGACUCCAAAUUGGACGCUCUAACAAGACUGCACGACCGCUGGAAACACGAUUCCGAUUACAACAGCUACGGCGCCCAUUUUUCGCACGAGCCCGCGCGACUCAACCAGAUUUCCAACGACACCCAGACUAUUCGGUUCGGGACCAUGCUUGGAAGCAAAUCGUACGAACAGCUGCGCGAUGCCACUUUCAAAUACCGUCAGGACAUGUACAGCCAGCGCCGGGUCCACAAAAGCUUUGCGUCCCCGAAGCAUCCGUCCACCACCAACAACAACAAAUUGAACAACGGAUCUUCGCCCGCUGCAUCCUCCUCCUCACCCAACGGCAUGUCCUCCGCUUCUGCGAGAACCACCUCUGCGUCGUCCUCGCUGAAAAAGAACACACACUCAAAUGCAAACACAACUGCAGCUGCCAAGCAGCAACAGCACAUCACAUCAGUGAACUAG